AUACAUCACUGAUGAUAUAUUAUUUUCUGUGUUUUAGAAUCAAUACUUCUCACAAGUCAAUUUUAUGUAUAUGGUAGUAAUAUACAUAAGUUUAGUGUUAUUUUCAUUUAAAAACACAUGCUCACAUAUCAUGUGUUGUUUCUAUAUCAAUAGGGUAUGAAAUACAGGAUAAGAAAGGUCCCUGCGCAUUCGUUGCAUUUUGGUAGUUAUUGCAAUCGAAAAUUUGAAGAAGAAAUAAAAAAUUAUCUUGGUGAAGAAGUUGUAAAUCUGUUCCGGCAAACAAGUUUUGGUUCAUUCCUAGACAUUCCGAAUUGUAAUUAUCAGGGUCAAUUAUCCAAAUGCUUACUCAUGCUCGAGAUAGAACAAGACAAUCCAAAUGAAAUAUAUGUUUACGUGCAAGGAACCAUACUCAAGUUUACUAUUAUUGAGUAUGCCAUUAUAUCCGGUCUUAAAUGUUCAGGAAAUAUUGAGGAUCACCUCUUUUCUGUUACAUCAAAGUCCGCAUUAAUGAUGAAGUAUUUUUUAGGAUCUAAGAGUUCUGUCAAAAAGAGUCUCUUUAUAGAGCGAUUCAAGUUGGGUAACUUUGAAAACAAUUCUGAUGCUCUUAAUAUGUCAAUAAUUUACUUCAUUCAGACCUUUUUGUAUUCACAAGUACGUGAUUCUAAAAUUAGCAAAUUGGAUUUUGUGAUGGUUGAGAAUGGUAGUUACGAACAAUUUUCAUUGGGGAAGAGUUCAUUUGAAAAACUUAUUGCAUUGUGGAGACUUGAUUUUUUUUUUGCGAAACACUUAUAAUCGAUGGGGAGAAUGCCUUACGUGCUAAAUGUUUGGAUGUAUGAAUGUUAUUCUGAGGUAGACAGUACGAUAGUCGAGCAGGUGGGAAAUGUAAUUCCCCGAAUUUUCAACUGGCAGGUGGUUGGAAUCAAAGUUAAGUACAAGAAAUUUAUGGCUGGUAUGUUCAACAAGUUUGUAUAUAACAAUAUACGACCAACUGAUGAAAAAGUACAAAGUCUUGAUUUGCAAAUGAUUGAGGGAUUUCAAUUAAAAGAAGUUGAAAGUAAAUUUCCUCCAGAAAUUGCUGCAUAUUGUUCCGAUAAAAGACCUGCUGUCGACGUACAAUCACAAAUGGACCUCGAUAUAUAAGGUUUUGAGGAAUUUAGUACGGUCUCUCCUACAAAAAUUCUCAAGAAGGCAGGUUCGAUUACUGAUGCUUCAACAUCUCAUCCGAUUAAGAAGCGAAAAACAGUCCAUUUUGAUUCCACAACUGUCGAGGAGCAAGUUUGUCAGAAAACACCAUCUUUUAUAUCAACAAGAACUGUGCCAACCAAAAAAUAGCUUUUUUAGGUUCAGAGCAUGUUCAUGUCAAAAAGACAACUCCAUCAUCGUCACUCAAGUCAGUUUGUCAGGACAAUUCUGAUGAAAAGUGGGAUGAUAUAAAGUUAUUUUUACAAUCUUAUGUAAGUUCAUUCAUAUCUAAUAGUCAACUUUCUUCAGCUUUUGAUAUGCUGGUAUCCACAUACUUCGACUUUCAUCAAUAUGUAGUCUUAUGUAAGUUCAUUUUGACA